ACCCUCACUCAAUGAGCUGAGCUCACUAUACCUCAACGCACACAUAGACACGCACGUGUUGCUAUCGCUGAUCGUGCUGAUUCAGAGGACGUUUCCGAGUUUCGAAACUUCCAUUGAAACUUGAAACGCAUCAUCUGCCACUGCAUUCAGUCUUGUUCUAGUCCUCGAACGCAUCGCACGUCUAAUAAAUUUUUAAUUCAAUAAAAGAAAUACAAGUUUCGUUUGGAAUAUGGAAUAAUAAUAGUGUACGUUAAGUAAGUGACUUAAGUGGAUUCGAAACUAGUUGGUGUGGUGUACAAAAAGAGGCGGCGCGAAACACACAAGAGAAGAAGAAGAAGGUGCAAGUUGGAAUCGACCACUGACCUGCGUCCAACUAGUAGUACUAGUAGUACAUCAACAUUACUUAACAUAAGUCUAUUCUCAUAGAUUUAUAUUUUUAUCUAAACGAAAUAUAAAUUAUAUUAUUGUGCAAUGUGUUGAUGAUAUUAAUAUCAACACACAAAGGAAGUGAUUAAGAAAUAGUUAUUGAAAGUGAUGUACAAGUGUAAAAGUGUUUAUUAAAUAUGAAUAAGAGUGAAGAAGUGGUCUCAGCGCCCAACUGGCUGCGCGAACUCGAAGAGAAGCGUGAAUUGAAGUUGAAGGCGCGCCUGGGUCACGAAGCCGGCGCCGGCUCGCCCUGUCUGGAAUGCAAGGAGAAAUGUCCAGGAUUGGAUUUACAUUUCUGGCGUAAAAUUUGCAAAAUCUGCAAAUGUGGGAAAGAAAACCAUGGGGUCAAUGACAACGACGUUGCUGAUUGGCUACAAUUCCAAUUACUCGGCAGUAAAGGACCAAAGAAAACACAUAAAAUACGUUUAUCCGGACCAAAUGAAUUAGAACUGGAUUGGACCCCAAAAGGCUCAAAAGAAGCCGUUGAGCGUUACUUAAAAGAUUUACCCGCUGAUCAAUUGCCCAUCAAAGGAUCCACCGCUGCCCGUGAGCGUAAACAGCUUCUUCAGAAGCAAAUGCCCAUCCAUGACAUUGAUCCUACCCUAUGCCACGCCCUUUCCGAGGAAGAAACAAAGCGCAUGCGUGAUUAUCUCAGUCACCUGAAAGAAACCAGUGUAGGUGUGGGGCAACUUCUCAACUUCCAAUCACCAAUCAGUGCUAAACUUGUCACGUCAAAGGUUCCAAUAAAAACCAAACAUGAUUAUGAAAAUAUAGAUGCUUUUGGUAAUCAUAAACUGGCUGCUUCCUUGGAAGCUAUCAGAGACAAGAGAAGAUUAUUAGAAAAUGGUGAAGUUCUGGAUGAAUAUGGAAAUCCUGCUAGGGCGCAAUAUGCUAUGUUGUUAGAUAAAAGCGGGUCACCAUUAAAGGACCCAAUGGGUAAACCAAUCAAAGCAACUUUAGAUUUAUUCGGGAAUCCGAUCUUUGAUGUGGCUUUGGUUGAGAAAAUAAGCCCAAUUGCAAAAGCAGAGUUUGCUAUGUUACUGGAUAAAAACGGUGCUCCCAUCUUGGGUGGAGAAGGUAAUCCAGUGAGGAAACCUAUCCAAGAAGUGGUUAAGAAUGAGAUCCCCAUAUUAAUGGAUAAGUUUGGUAAUGAAGUGAAACCUUACAUGGGUUUACUUUUGGAUAGAAAUUCACUGCCUGUUAUGGAUAAACUUGGUAGUCCUUUGAAGGUGCGCAUGGAUGUCUAUGGUAGGCCUAUUUUUGAUAAAGUGUUGAGUGAAGUUUUCACUGGUGAUCAAGCACCUAAAUAUAUUGUGUAUUUGGAUAAGAAUGGUGCUCCUAUUUUGGGCCCGGAUGGAUCACCUCUUAAACGCCCCAUUGGUAAUCAACCCGCACCCAAAUUUGCUAUAUUCCUGGAUGCAGAGAAGAAUGUUUUGAGGGAUAAAUUUGGAGAUCCUAUUACCAGUUAUCUAGAUGCUUUCAGAGGUCCUAUUAUUAGUGAAACCAUCGCGGAAGAGAUAAAUCAACAGGUACCAUCAUACUCUGUCUUGUUGGAUGACAAAGGAGACAUUUUGGAGAGUCAGAACUUCAAUGCUUAUAGAGAUGUGAUAGUUGAUAAAUUCGAUAAUGAGUUAAGACCUCAAUAUGGGUUGCUAUUGGAUGAACAUGAAUGUCCUAUGAAGGAUAACACGGGAUCACCUAUAAAGGUACCCUUGGACCGCUUUUUACGUCCUAGGUAUGAACCCUACGUUAUUGAAAAACUAGGUCCUCGUCAUCCUGAAUAUGUCAUGUUCCUGGAUAGAAAUGGCGCACCUAUAUUAGACAAGUAUGGAAGUCCUAUCAAAAACAUAGCUUUCAGCACCCAUGAACCUUUGGGACCUCCCCAAUUGGCUAUAUUACUAGACAAAAACGAGAAACCACUAAAAGAUCCAAAAGACCCUAAAGGUGGUCCCCUACGAACUCAGGUAGAUAUCCUAGGUCGACCUUUAAAUGAAGACCUCAAAGGAGAAGCGAAAUAUUCCAUGCCUUUGGACCAAAAUGGAGUCACACAUGCGGUACACCCCAUAACAUACCUACAUGUCCCUAGAGUGAUCAACUCUAAUGGUCUACCUGGAAGUCUCAAACCACAAUGGUCUAGUAUGUUACACAAAGGUGAUAACAAGUUUUUGAAUGACCUAGAAGGUUGUCAACUUGUAUCUGCAUCGGGGGUACCUAUUCUGGACAAUGUAGGAUGUCCAGUUGAGAUUAAACUGGAUCAUUAUGGAUGUCCUGUUAUGCAGAUAUCAGCGGGGAAUGUUGACAUACAAGGAGCAACCCUACAUGGUAAAUCAGGACCAUUAUUAGAUAAAACCAACGUUCCAAUCAGGGUUAAAGUAGAUCGGAAUGGUGCUACAGUUGAAGGUAUACCCAUCUACCUAGAACCUGAAGAGAUAUCACCUUCUGGGUCUACCUUGACAGGACUACCUCCUGUUGUAGAUAAGUAUGGAAACUUGAUUGAUCCUAGAACAGGGCGUCCUAUACCAAAUUUCGCUGCCAUGUCACUAAGAAACCCUACGGAGGAUAUCCAAGAACCAUGUCAGGUUAAUGUCGGGAUCAUCAACGACAUCAACGCAAUCAAUUCAUCCAAUUUACAUGUGAGAUCCACUCAAGACCCUAACAACAUACCUUAUGACAGUGGUGAUCUGACAUAUGACCUCCCUGUAUGUCACCGAUGCAAGAAACUAAUCGAUGACAACGCUGUGGUGAUCCAGAUUGAACGUUCCGACGCCCUCUGGCAUACCUCCUGCUUCAAAUGCAAAGGUUGUAAUCAAAAUCUAGCUGAUCUCAUCUACCACUACCACAAAGAAUCAGACGAUGUCUAUUGUGGUCGUGAUUAUGCUAAAAUCAGCGGUAUACCAAGAUGUCACGCAUGUGAUGAACUUAUCUUCGUAAAGGAGUAUUGCCUGACUGAAGAUAUGACCUACCAUGUGAAGCAUUUCUGUUGUUUUGAAUGUGACACACCAUUGGCAGGUCAAGAUUACCUCCUGGAGAACAGUCAACCUGUUUGUAUUGCUUGUUAUGAACUUCUGAAAGCAGAUAGAUGCACAGCAUGCAAAAACAUCAUCAGACCCAAUGAACAAGGUGCUAAUUUGAAUGGGGAUCACUUUCAUGCGAGUGAUCAAUGUUUCGCUUGCAGGGUUUGCUAUAAACCACUUCUGGGAGGGAAGUUUUUGUAUAGGAAUCAGGUUUUGUAUUGCUCCGGUGCUUGUUUCAACAGUAACAAGUGAAACAACUUGAAAUUGAAGGUGUUGUAUAUAUUUGUGCCAUUAUUAGACUUGCUAUGUUUUAUGUAUGUAUAUCACUAAAUAUAUUUUAUAUUGUUUAUUUAUAUUUAA